AUGUCCUCAAACUGCACCCCCCCUCCCAGCAGCCCCCCCUCCACCUCGACAUGCUGCUCGUCUUCGGCAGAAAAACGCACAGAGCGAGCAAGUCUCGACGGCGCACUUACAGUUGUCGGGUCCACACUCAUCUUGUACGCCUCUUUCGGUCUCAUGAGCAGCUUCGGCUUCUUCCAAGACUACUACUCGCGCGAGUUUCUAGAGUCAAGUGCAAGCUCGAGCAUUGCGUUUGUGGGGACGCUGCAGAUGGGGCUGACGAAUGCGGUGGGGGCCCUGUCGGGCGCGUUGUGUGAUCGGUUUGGUGUAAAGUAUUUACUUGUGGGCUCGGGGCUUGGGACGACAGUAGCUUUACUCAUGCUAUCGUUUGUGCAACCGGGCCAGUUCUGGCUCGUGUUUAUGACACACGGUUUCCUCAUGGGCUUGUCGAUGGCUUUUGGCGUGCAGCCCGCGCUUACGGUUGUGGGGCAGCAUUUUAAGGAGCGGAGGGGGUUGGCGUUGGGGGUUGUGUCGAUGGGGUCGGCGUUGGGGGGCAUCGGGUUUCCGGUUAUGCUGGGCCAGGUGAUGCCGAGAUGGGAGUUUGGCGGUGCGCUGCGUUUGGCGGCUGCGAAGGUUGUGGUUUGUUACUCGAUUGCAUUGUGCUUGUGCACUAGCAAGCCGAUUCGAAGCUCGACCGACAAGGAUCGCACUUUUCGUGUGGAUUUUGGUGGGUUCUUGGAUCCGCGAUAUGCAGUUCUCUGCGCGGGGACGUGGUUUGCUAUCCUCGGUCUCUGGCUUCCAGCAUACUAUGUCAAAACGUACGCUGAUAACAUACACCCCGGGAACAAUGUCAGCAAAUAUUUCCUUUGCAUGAUGAACGGCUCCAGCAUGCUUGGUGCAACAUUGGGCGGUCUCCUAGGCGACCGCGUAGGCCGAUUCAAUCUUCUCUGGCCCGUCACAUUCCUCUCAGGCUGCCUCUGUCUCUUCCUCUGGCUCCUAAGCACCAACAUCUCUACGCUGAUCUUCUUUGUCUGCGCCUACGGUUUCUUUUCCAGCAGUGUAAAUACACUCCCAACCUCGAUCAUCGGACAGAUUACGCCAGACGACAAGUUCGGUGCGAGAACCGGGGCUUUCUACAGCGUCAUCACCAUCUCGAGUUUGAUCGGGACGCCGAUUGGCGGAGCACUCAUUGUCGACGAGCAUGUUAGGGAGGGGUAUCGGUGGUUGAUCUUGUUUUCGGGAACUGCACUCAUGGUCGGAUCCAUGUUCAUGCUUGGUAGCCGUAUGCUGCAUGGCAAGGACUCGCGCACAAAACGACAACUGGAGCUUUCCUAG